GAGCGUGCCGUCUGUAUGCUCCACUUUGCUUCUGCAAUUGUUCGGCCUUUGCUCUCCAACUAGUUAAGGUGUGGCUGGCUGAUUCAGGUUGUUCUCUCUUUCCCCUCUUACCUGAAGAUUUGCAUGUUUGACCUGGUGGAGUAAUUGGGCCCACAGCAACCUGGGCGUGCCUCUCUGAGAAACAUUUAGUUUCAUGUAUGACUCAUAAGCUGAAGCACACACACCACUUCCCCAAUCUACAGAAGCCAUUUUAACUGCACAAAACUGCUGGAUUACUUUUUACUGUCUAGCUUUUGGGACUCUGCAAACAUCUUAGAUCAAGUGGCCUUUGGAUUACAAGAGUAUUCAGGAAGGCAUUUUCUAAUUGACCUGUCUGUGAAUAGUAGAAUCCAGGAAGAUUGUAUAAGAAUCUGGGUACCUGAGUAACUUCAAGAUCGUCUACCCCACACAACUCAUUCCUGAUGAUAAACUCUGUUUCUUUACAUUGAAGGAGCAUUUUCCCCACAUGCAGAACUGAAAUCUUGGAAUGCUUUAUUAUGGCAGCAGCUGUACAGCAGAAUGACCUAAUGUUUGAAUUUGCCAGUAAUGUUAUGGAGGAUGAUCAACAGCUGGGUGAUCCAUCAAUCUUUCCUGCUGUCAUUGUGGAACAGGUACCAAGUGCAGACCUCCUGAACAAUUACUCUGGUUUGUCCUGUGUUGCUGAACCCAGCGACAUGAUAACAGAGAACUCGCUGGAUGUUGCAGAAGAAGAAAUUAUAGAAGAUGAUGAUAUCACCCUUACAGUUGAAGCGUCUUGUCAGAAUGGAGAUGAAACAAUGCAAACCAUCGAAGCUGCUGAAGCUCUUCUUAAUAUGGAUUCUCCUGGCCCAAUGCUGGAUGAGAAGAGAUCAACCCAUGGGUUUGGGAUGGAGGAGGAUGUUGACCUUGGUCCUAUAACUCAUGUGUCAGUCACACUAGAUGGGAUUCCAGAGGUGAUGGAAGUUCACCAAAUCCAAGAUGCAUUUGCUGAAUCCCCAAGCACUCUAGCACUUGAGCAACCAAAAAAGAGAAAAGGGAAGAAACCCAAAGCUCCGCGACCAGAAUCUCCUACUCUGACUCCAAACAUAUCAGUGAAAAAGAAAAGCAAAGAUGGGAAGGGAAACACAAUUUACCUUUGGGAGUUCUUGCUAGCUCUGCUUCAGGACAAAGCCACUUGUCCGAAGUACAUAAAAUGGACUCAGAGGGAAAAGGGCAUUUUUAAGCUUGUGGAUUCCAAGGCCGUGUCGAGGUUGUGGGGAAAGCACAAAAACAAACCCGAUAUGAAUUAUGAAACAAUGGGCAGGGCUCUCAGAUAUUAUUACCAAAGAGGCAUUCUGGCCAAAGUAGAAGGACAACGUUUGGUGUAUCAGUUUAAAGAAAUGCCAAAAGACCUUGUUUACAUAGAUGAUGAAGAUCCAAGUUUGAGUACAGAUUCCCCUGAUUCAUCUUUACAAUCAGCACCUGUUGGUAAUAGAAACCAAAUGGGCAGGUCUAAAACAUCUUCAAACAUGGCACAAAAAGGAACAUCUGCUGCUGUUUUAAAGACUCCAGUCAACUCCAAGUCUGCCAGGCUUAAGCAGCCCAUUGAAAAUUUUCAACAGCAGCUGCCCACCGUGACAUCAGAAGUGUUGAGGACGGUGCAGCCUAGUCAGCCAGUCCAUCCAACUCAGCUUUAUCGGACAGUUCAUUUAAUGCACCCCGUGCAACCCAUUCCAGAAGGACACACAGCUGUGAGCAGUAACAUGCUGGAGGAGAACAUAAGGACUAUCCAAGCCCCAAGCCAAGUUCCGGUUGUUGUGUCUCCAGGGAAUCACCAGCAGCUGCAUACAGUAACACUCCAGACAGUGCCUCUAACCACAGUGAUAGCCAGCGCAGAUCCAACAUCCACCACAACACCCCAAAAGUUUAUUCUACAAGCCAUCCCAACUUCACAGCCCAUGACUGUGCUUAAAGAGAACAUUAUGCUGCAGUCUCCCAAGCCAGUCUCUCCUCCUUCAUCCAUUGUCUUCAGUCCUGCUCAGGUUCACCAAGUUCUCACCAGCAACGUGCAGACCAUUUGCAAUGGAACAGUCAACAUGGCUUCUUCUCCAUCCUUCAGCACUGCUACCCCGGUGGUAACUUUUACGCCCAGCAAUUCACACGUUGUUGCUCAGCCGUCCAACACUGUGAUCACUUCCGUCAUUAAAGCUCCAGAAAUGAAACCAACUGUUAUACAAGGAGUGAUAAAAUCAGAGGCAGAGGAUAACACAGUGGAAGAAUGCAAACACUCAGAGCAAGGCUUCCAACAGCAGCCUUUGAUGGUGGUGGUAUCAAACUCCAAUGGAUUUCCCUCUUCUGUGCAAAUUAAGCAAGAAAGUGAACAGUUGGAGCAAAGUUCAUACAAGUAAAGGGUUUUUUGUGUGUGAUGGGACUUCAUCAGCUGUUUAUGUAUAAUUUGAUUCCAAAGCAGGCAUUACAAAGCUACUUUAAUUUCUGAAAUUAAUUUAGAAGUAAUACAAUACACUUAAUUUCAGUGUUUUGUUUGCUAAAUGAUAUAAAAUAUUAAUGUUUAAAAAUGCAAGCUUGAAGGAAUAUGGCAUUUAUGUUUUUUAGAUCACUGUCCAAAAAAUCUUAAUUUCAUACACUUCAUGCGUUAUUUGUCUAUCUUGCUAUCUUGCAUAAUAAUAUAACCAUUGCUGUAAUCAGUGCUUGAAAAUAAUAAAUUUCUACAAAGAUGUUUUCACCCA